AGAAACCCGGGUUGGGCCAGGGGGUGGCUAGAGCGGUGGCGGCGGCAUCCGGAGUAGCACUGAGAUCUUCCGGUGGCGGGAACUGCGGUCAUGGAUCAUAUUACGGUACCCAAGGUAGAAAAUGUGAAAUUGGUGGAUCGUUAUGUGAGUAAGAAACCAGCUAAUGGGAUUCUUUAUCUUACUGCAACCCACCUGAUCUAUGUGGAGGCUUCUGGUGCAGCCCGGAAAGAAACAUGGAUUGCACUCCAUCACAUUGCCACCGUGGAGAAGUUACCCAUCACUAGCCUGGGCUGUCCCCUGACCCUCCGCUGCAAGAAUUUCCGGGUGGCCCACUUUGUUUUAGACUCUGACCUUGUGUGCCAUGAGGUUUAUAUUUCACUGCUCAAGCUUUCUCAGCCAGCAUUACCUGAAGACCUUUAUGCUUUUUCUUAUAAUCCCAAAUCCUCAAAAGAGAUGAGGGAAAGUGGAUGGAAACUGAUUGAAGCAAUAUCAGACUUUGGGCGUAUGGGAAUACCCAACAGAUACUGGACCAUAACAGAUGCCAACAGAAACUAUGAGAUAUGCAGCACCUACCCUCCUGAAAUAGUGGUUCCUAAAUCUGUUACCUUGGGAACGGUGGUUGGAAGUUCAAAGUUCAGAAGUAAAGAACGUGUCCCUGUGCUCUCCUACCUCUACAAAGAGAACAAUGCUGCCAUUUGCCGCUGUAGCCAGCCUCUCUCUGGAUUUUAUACUCGCUGUGUAGAUGAUGAGCUCUUGUUGGAGGCCAUUAGCCAAACAAACCCAGGGAGCCAGUUUAUGUAUGUUGUAGACACAAGACCAAAGUUGAAUGCCAUGGCCAACCGAGCAGCUGGGAAGGGAUAUGAAAAUGAAGACAACUAUGCCAACAUUCGCUUCAGAUUCAUGGGCAUUGAGAACAUCCAUGUAAUGCGGAACAGUCUGCAGAAACUCUUGGAAGUUUGUGAAUUGAAAACUCCAACAAUGAGUGAAUUUCUUAGCGGCCUGGAGAGCUCAGGGUGGUUAAGACACAUUAAAGCUAUUAUGGAUGCUGGAAUUUUCAUUACAAAGGCAGUGAAGGUAGAAAAGGCCAGUGUCUUAGUCCAUUGUUCUGAUGGGUGGGACCGCACAGCACAAGUCUGCUCGGUGGCUAGCAUCCUCCUAGAUCCAUUUUAUAGGACAUUCAAAGGACUCAUGAUCUUGAUAGAGAAGGAAUGGAUAUCCAUGGGCCACAAGUUUUCCCAAAGGUGUGGCCACCUCGAUGGGGACUCUAAAGAAGUGUCCCCUAUCUUCACCCAGUUCCUAGACUGUAUCUGGCAAUUAAUGGAACAGUUUCCCUGUGCCUUUGAGUUUAAUGAAAACUUCCUGCUAGAGAUUCAUGACCAUGUUUUCUCCUGCCAGUUUGGAAACUUCCUUGGUAACUGCCAGAAGGAUCGGGAAGAUCUAAGAGUCUAUGAGAAAACACAUUCUGUGUGGCCUUUCUUGGUUCAGAGGAAACCAGACUUCAGGAACCCUCUCUAUAAAGGCUUCACUAUGUAUGGGGUACUCAAUCCUAGUACUGUGCCCUACAACAUUAAGUUCUGGUGUGGGAUGUAUAACCGCUUUGACAAAGGGCUGCAGGCCAAGCAGAGUAUACUAGAGAACCUCCUGGAAAUUAAGAAACAGAGAGCAAUGCUGGAGACAGAUGUGCAUGAACUAGAAAAGAAACUAAAAGCCCGUGAUGAGCCACCAGAAGAGAUCUGUACCUGCACUCAAUUAGGAAACUUAUUAUCCCAGCAUCUGGGAAGUCCUUUGACCAAUCCUCUUGGCUUCAUGGGUAUCGAUGGAGACCUGAAUACCUUGAUGGAGAAUGGCACCCUCUCCAGGGAAGGAGGCCUCCGAGCUCAGAUGGAUCAAGUAAAAAGCCAGUGUGCAGACCUCCACCAUAACCAUUGUGAGAUUGUGAGCAGCCUUAGGGCCAUAAAUAUCUCUGGGGAUGUGGGCAUCUCUGGAGGGACAGGCAUCUCUGAGGCCAUGGGCAUCUCUGGAGACAUGAGCACCUUUGAGACUAUGGGCUUCUCCGAAGACUUAGGAAUCUGUGGGGCCAUGGAUAUCUCUGAGGCCACUGACAUAUCUGGAAACAUGGGUAUUUCUGAGGCCAGGGGUUUCUCUGGGGACAUGGGCAUCUUGGGGGACACAGGCAUCUCCAAGGCCAGCACCAAGGAGGCAGACUACUCCAAGCAUCAGUGAGUUAGUUACUCAUCUUCCAUGCUAGGUAUACCUACAGCAGCUACAAUGAUUCUUGUCCCAGAGAGGGCUAUGCUGCUUUUCCAAUUGGUUUAAGUGAGCGAAGCCAAGGCAUCCCUCUCCCCACUUAAGUCUGGAAGGGAAUUACUUUACUGAUUAAGUGACCAAUAUGUUCAUAUUAAGCAGUACAGAGUGUAGGCAAGAGAAAGAAUAUGUUAUUGUUCUAAAAUGGGAUUUAACUAUAGAAAUGUUGCCUCUCAGGUGAGACACAUAUUAAGCUGGUUCUACUGUCUGUUUUCCUUAAUGAUCGACCGCCCCUAUUUUCUAUCCUAACUGCUGUAAUGUGAGAGUGAAGUGGAAAUAUUGUCACAGUGGUCAAUAAUGACCCUUUUGAGGGUAUGGAGAGAUGGUAUACAGUAGGUAACUGAAUUGCAGAAUAUAUUAAAAGAAAAUCUUACUUUCAGGUAUGCUUAGUCAUGGGAUAUUAGCUAACAUUAUUGCCAAUGGAGACAUAUAAUGUUUUCCUGAAAAGGAAAUCAAAAUGAUGCUUAAUUGUUAGCAUGAGUGCAUGAGUGCUUGGUGGUUUGAAAUAUAUAAGGAAAGUUUUCUUAAGUUACAACACAUGCUUUCCCCAACCCACACGCCAGCUAGGUCUUGUUAUAAUACUUAGCCAAUUCCCUUUUUCAUAGAUAGUCCAUAGGUAAAUUUGAAUCCACUACAGUCUAAAAUUAUAAAUUUCAAAUUAAUGGGGUUUGAAUUAGUAACAUUAAUUGCAUCAGUUCAGGAAGUAACUGAAAAUCUCAGUGCUUCAGACUCAGACUGAGACAUGGUCUGUGUGCCCAUCUGGUUUUGUGGAAAAUAGGACCCUUUUUAGGUCUUUUUAUGAAGACAAAUGGUUUUGCUUAUCUAGAUAUCUCAUGAGGUUUGUGGAUUUUUUAGACACAAUUGGCACUACUUUUAAAUCUGGUAGGUUUAUCACCUUGUGCUAAUGUACAGUUUUGAAAAAAGUCCAUUCUGAUAGCAGAUCCAGAUACUCCUGGGGAAAGGGAUGUAUUUUUAUUUAAACACCAGCUUUUCUCCUAGGGGUUGAUAUACUUGAUGGGUUUUUCAUCUGUCCUAUUGGAUAUUCAGUCAUGAUUUUGCUACUUCCACAUACUGAGAGUAGGAUAGGCCUCAGUCAGUUUAGGUCAUGCUCUGUAUAUUCUCAGCAAUUCCAGAACUCUUAAUACCAACAGAAUCCAGGUCCUCACCCAAAAUAUCUGUUCCAAAUACUCUAUAUUUGGCUUAAGCUAAAAAAUUAGAUGACUUAAAGAGGCAUCCCUUGAUUAUCACAUCCAGUUGUGCACGUAGAAAUAUCUAAAGGAUUACCUCAUUAGGUGCUUUUCUUUGAGAGAAAGAGGAACCUUUUAAGGGUUUAAUUUAAAUGUAGGAGAGGAGUGCCAGGAUAGCUCCUUGAUUUCUUAUCCCUAGCUAAACUGUAGACCCAAAAUAUCCUCUUUAGUGGAAGAACUCUAAAUCAUCUUGGUUGUCUUUUUUUAUAUGUAAACAGGAGUCAUUUUUCUAUUUACUUCCUCUUGGUAAAUUUUUAAUUUUUUGUUUUUAAAGAACUCUUAAUUUAUUUGGGUCUUCCCCAUUAAUAAAUAAAGGCCAUAUUUUACUUACAUGUUCUUGAUAGCUACCUUGAUCCUAUAAUUUUAAAGCAUCAAGAUGAUUUCCUUUUUUUAUCUCGCUGGUCCUCCUCUUUCCAUGAUUUAGUCCUUGCUUUAUAUAACCUAAAUCAUCAGAUAUUGCCAGUUGUCAUUUGACUUCUUUUGGAAAAAAAAAAUGGGGUUUGUGCACACCAUUUUGAUCUGGAGGCUACAUCUACUCCUGGCUUUGUGAAGGAAGUUGCCAAAAAGGAUGACGGUACCAAUCUGCCACCAGUGAGCCAUUCUGGAUCUUGCUCCCAGAUCUUUCUCCCAUAUCUCAAUCUGCAUUUUGCAGUUUAUUAAUUAGCAUGAUGUUCUGGAUAGAGUGUGUUUUCAGAGAAGAAAGUAAAAAGGUAAAUGACAAGAUGUAGUAGUUUUUGCAAAUUCUAUAAAAGACUGAAGAGUCUUGAUUUAUUCCUAAAGAUCUGUACAGGUACAGUACAUAGUACCUAAUCUUAUUUCUUAGAUCAAAAACAAAAUUAAUCAAUAGUGAAAGGAAGGUCUUUUCAAUAUAAUUCUAUACUAGAAGUAGUAAACCACAACUCUGGUAUUUCCAAAGGUGAAAACAGCAUUUUUAAAAGACUGGAUUAUUUUGUUAAUUAUCUAAGGCCAUGGGAUUGAUUUCAGUCUCAAAAUCUGUGAGGCCAGUUUGUUUGGUCUUUGAUAUCUUUAUUCCCUAACAUGCCACAUUAUUACUUACAUAUAAAAUAUACAGAACUUAAAAAAAAAAGACUGCAUGAAAAUCACCUAUUUAUUCUCAACACAAAACACCUUUUGGUUUUACAGUUGGAUUUAAAAAUCUGAGAAGAGCCUGGCCGCAAAGGAAGAAAGAGAAACAGGAGAACCUAGGCCAAGCGUAGUAGCUCACGCCUGUAAUCCCAGCAUUUUGGGAGGCCGAGGCGGGUGGAUCACCUGAGGUCAGGAGUUGGAGACCAGCUUGGCCAACAUGGUGAAACCUUGUCUCUAUUAAAAUAUAAAAAUUAGCCAGGCGUGGUGGUGGAUGCCCGUAAUCCCAGCCACUUAGGAGGCUGAGGCACAAGAAGCGCUGAACCCCAGAGGCGGAGGUUGCAGUGAGUCGAGACCACGCUACUGCACUCCAGCCUGGGUGACAGGAGCAAAACUCUAUCACACACACACACACACACACACACACACACACACACACAAAAGAAACAAGAGAACCUAAAUCUUCUCUAAGACCUCUCUCACUGCUAAGACUGUUUCCUCAUCAUAGUCACUGAUCACUGAAAGACCGUCUAAAAUAAUGGUGCCUGAGGGUUCACACCCUUGUCAUUCAUCUUCUCACUUCAGUCCAUGCUUUUUUACCUAUGUCCCAUCUGCAAAGUAAUCCUAAAAGAUAUAUAUAUAUACAGGCUGUUGUUAAACCAGGAGUAUAAGUCACCUUUUUAUAAAGUUAACCUAAGACUUUUCAAUGCCGAAGAGGGAGCUAUAGUGUUGGAAAGGUAGCAUAUUUCCAAAGCCAUUUCAGAAAAUCAAUCUUGGCCUAAGUUAGAGUGAACUAUUUGCAUUCUCUGCGUAAGUUAGAGUGAACUAUUCCAUUCUUUCUCUGCUAUACCCAUGAUACCCCAUCCUAACCUAGACACCUAGCUAAUUUUGUUUUCCUGAUGUGAAAAAUACUCUAAUUCAAAAAAUAACCCUCCAUCAACUUUCAAAGACAACAUAGAAGAAAGUAGGCAGGUUUUAUCUAUUAUUUAUACCUUUCUAAAUCCAAAUUAGAUUUGAUCUGGCUUCAUCAAAACCAAUAAAAAUAUAAAAGAACCAUUAAAAUAAGAAUUAAUACAAGUAACAGUUGGGUAAAAUAUGUGUUCCAGAAAAAUUAAGGUAAAGAUGAUUGCUGCAAUUGCAGUUAAUAUUAGAAAAUAAGACAAAAGAAGAAAUGUAAGGAGUUACAUGGAUUGCAUUACUUAAGACAAGGUUUGUACCAGCUCGUUAGAAAAAAAAAGUUUUAAGGUAUUGUCUUUCAACAAUUCUUAUAUCUUAAUAUUCUUGACAUCCGAUUAUCUACUAAGCAGUUAUAUGUCACAGUUGUUUUAUGCAAUGUUUUCCAUAUGGCUGUACCUUUACCAUUAAACUUCAAAAUUCAACAACAGAGUAUUAAGUCAUGCAGUGAGAAGGCCGUAACUUGGGAUCUGUAGCUUUCCAGUGAUCUAAUUUAAUACAUGGAACAAGUUGAUAUAGUCUUGAUAAUUACUUUAGCCCUCAGGUGAUUGGUCCUUGGCUAAUUAGUUGUCUUAGAAGGUUGGGUAACUUCAGCUGGAGAGGAAUAUUUGAGAGGCAGGUCAUUGUUGAAGACCUGAAUGGCAAAAGAGAGUUGGAAAAGUCAUUUCUCCCACAGUGACAAAAUCCCAAAAUUUUUAAUAUGUUCCAAUAAUACCAGCUACUACUCUACACUUUCCCCAGGAAUGAGAUUGGAAAUUUAUGGAUUCAGAUGCUGUACUUUUAGAUGUUCUGCAGUGGUUUGGUUGGAACAAGAGAUGAGACAUUAGAAAAUGUUACCUGAACUAUGUAUUAGGGAAAAGAUUUUGUUUAUCCAUAUCUUUUGUUUCCCUUUGCCAUGAAAACUCUAUCUAAAUAAAACCUGUUCACCAUGGAAAAAAAAAAAAGAAGAAGAACAAAGCGUUCAAGAUAGGAAAAUAAAUAAAUAAAUAAAUAAAUAAAAAAUUAAAAUCUGAGAAGAAAAAGAUGGAAUCCAGGUAUUUAUACACUAUUAAAAGCAGAUUAGCUAUCUAUAGGUAGGAGCCCAGCAAUAGUGAGGAGACUCUUGAAGGUAAGUUGCCAGGAGUACUAGAAAAGAUGAUCUAUUAAUGGCUUUCACUUCAUACUCUGAUAUAGCACCUAUCCUGUGAAAGAAAUGUGACUCCCUUCCCCCACUGUCCUACCUUUCCAGUUCCCCAAGCAGAAAUUCCAUUCUCAUGUGACUACUCUACUUAAAUAGGAAGGCAUUUAACCACCUGCCACUGUCAUCCACUAAUCUGACCUCUGCCUGCUUUCUACACAAGUUUCACAGGCCUGGGGUUACUGCUUAUCUUUUCUAAGCAUGAGGCAGGCUCUGUCCCUGUGCUUGUGGCCAUGCUCAGAGUCUACCAUGGCCACCGUUUUAAAAAUGCAUUAAUUAUUUACUUAGUUUAUGGAAUGACAGAUUUAUCACAGUAAUAAAUAAAACAAUUUUAAAUAACAAACUUAAAUAACAGCUAACAGUUUGACUUUUUAAAGAAGAAAUUCACUAAUAAGGUUUGCUCUAUGAAAGAAAACCUGAAACUCUAUAUAGAACUAAUUAAAAGAAUCUAAAGCUUAUGGUGAAUAUAUUAGACAUGUGUAUCUUUGGAAAGUACCCUUAGAAAUUAUGUUCAUUUACCAGCAAGUCAGUUGUCAUUGCCUGCCAACAUACAUGAAACACCUUUUGUCUGAGAUACCCCUCACACUUCACUGGAAGUGAGACCUUUCUCAGAACACUUCCAGCCAAAAAGGAAUCCAAGUCUUUUUAAGAGGUGCUUUUCAAACCUAAUUGGUAACUAUUUAAGCUUGGCCUUAAUUUAGUAGAAAGAGAAGUUUAAUAACUAAAGAUGAUCAUGUUAGUUCUUUGUUACAUACUGGCUUUUAUUAAACACCCAACUCUUCUUGAUGCUAAUUAGGCUUUGAUAUACUAUUGGGAAAUCUUUCUAUGAGCGUAUUUUAUUAAGUGUACUUUUUCUAAACAAUUGUGUAGGGUAACGUAAAUUACCUUUACAUUAAAAUAUCCCUCUCAAAAGGGGCUUACUGUACUCCAGAUUGGUUUAUACCUAGGAAGAUAAUUCUCACUUUAUUACUUUCCAAUGUUUAUGAUUUAGUGAUCUCUAAACUAAAUUUUUACCUCACCUUCAGGCAUCUCACUCUCAGAAUUGUUUGUAUGAUACAGGCAGAUAUGAUUCCAACCAAGUCUGAUUGCUUUAUUCUAAGUGCCAAAUCAAAACCUUCCUUUUGAUGUACACAUUUAAAAACAAAAAGAGAAGGCUUAAGCCUUACAUGCUGUUCCUAUGUUUUUGUUUUUGUUUUUGUUUUAAUAUACUGUGAAGAAAUGGUUGAGGUGUCAGGCAGUAACAGACAAAUGGAAAGAUGUGAGGUCAUAACGGACUCGUUUUCUCGUCCUUUUAAAGGCAGUUGUGAUUUCAGAGUAUUUGAUGGUGGCAUAGAAACUUUUCCAAAGCAAAAAACAAAAACGCAAAAUGUGCUUUUCAAGCCCUAUAAAACAUCUUCUCUGAUUCCCUGCCUUCCCCUGAAAUAGGAAGUACUAGUAUUGUCACCAGUCUUGGCAGCCCAUGUCUCCUUUACAUGUCAAUGCAAGUAAAAGCAUGUUACAUUCUCUGUGAUUUGUGACUGUUUUCACAAAAGAGAAGUGUGCUUUGAAAACAGCUGUCUCAUUUAGACCCAUGAGUCUUGCAGAAACUGAACAAACAUAUGCUGAGAAGUUGGCAUGUGUGAAACCAAUGGCUUCCAUGUUAAGUCUGGUGUCCUGUCUCUUGGUGCUUUUUGAAGCAUUGGGGGUAACCUGAAAGCUUUUUUCUCUUCCACAGCUUUGUUAACCUUUCAACCAUUUUCAUGGUUUCAUACUUAACUUUUUAGAGGGCUCUACAUCAGCCCUUACAGAAUCCCAGUUGUGGAGAAGGAGGUGGGAAGGGUCGGGGGAAGAGAAUAAUACAGAAACAUACCUGGCCAGUUCAACAAAAAGAGUAUAUACCUAUCCAUGAUUAUCAGCAUUCCAGUUAUUUAAAAUUUCAUGUGCUCCUUGAGAUUAAAUUGUUCACAAUAAGGUCCAAAAGUCUUUUCCAAGUGGUACUGAGACUACUAUAUUUUCUUUUUAAGGCUUUUACACUGGUAGAAACUCUCCUUAAGAAUGCUAUGAGUUGUGUAUUUUCUUUGUCAACAUUUUUCUGUUGUGAUAUGUAGUCCUGGGUUUUCUCUUCUUCUAGAGAGUGAAGGAUGAUGGGUGGUAUUCUCUCCCCUUAACAUGUCCCUGAGGCAGAUCAGUCCUUAGCUUUCUUUUGCUUCUUUUGCUGAAGCAACAUUGGAUUUCUCACCUGUCAGGUGAGAAACAUGCACCAAAAUCAUAAAUAAUCAUUGUUCAAAGACCCUUAUCUUCUGGUCCCACUUCACAUGCAUUUGGCCAUACCAGUUCACAUAAAGUGUCUCCAAGUCUCCACUUCACUUGCAUUUGCAGACAGGGUGGUUUCUUCAUUUUGUGAAUGCCAAUGAGAAUGCAGAGCACAUAUUCUACUUCUGAAACAGAGCAUGUUGUAUAUUAUAGUUUGACAAUGCCUGUGGCAUAGGAACAGCUAACAAGUUCAGUCCUUUUGGAAUAUAGCUCAUAGUGUAGCUGUGUGUGUGUGUGUGUGUGUGUGUGUGUGUGUGUGUGUGUGUGUGUACUAGAACUUUAGUAUCAUCUGGUCUCAUAGGUUAUUUGGGCAUUCAGAUGAAGAGGAUUUGUCCAAGAAAUUAGAAACUCUUUUAGUGCUAAGCCUCUUACUUUGAUAUUGUCCAGCUAAGUUUAAUGAGUACUUUGGGACAUGCCAAGCCAGAGAUACAAACCAAAGUGAAGCAAUUGGCCUUUUCUCUGGGAUAUAUUAUCAGGCAGCUUUAAAAGUAAGAUUCAAGUAUAUGACCAGUGUUAUCUGUAAUACAUUAAUGUCAGCCACAUACCUGCAUGAAGAUAUGCAACUGAUGUAUAAUUCAGAAUUGAACUAUAUAGGUUCUUUGAGAACCUGACUUUUUAUUAGCUCCAGGUUUACAGACUGACACUGUCACAGCAGCUCAAGUCUGAUCUUGCCAAGGUACAACAGCGUGAAUGAUUGACUUUAAUCCCCUGUUAUGUGUUAUCUUAAGCCUGUCACACCACUGCGAUAUGGAUGUGUGACCCAGUGACGAUGUUCACUGCCAGUUGUUUUGUCCAGUGCCACAGAGCCCAUUGGCCCUCUACUGCAGUUAUGUUACAGUUUGUAAAUGUUUGGACGAUACAGUGUUUUUUAUCCAAAAUUAAAAACCUUCAGUCUUUUGCA